UUAUGAAAACAACAUUCAGUACCUGUCACCUGGAGUUUUUAAAGGCUUGACAAACAUGCAGUCCAUGAGCUUUUAUUUCAACAAAAUCCGCACAGUGAGCAACGAGCAAUUCAAAGAUAUCGCGCCAAGUAUUCGAUUCCUUUACCUCCAUUACAACGAAAUGCGAGAACUACCGGCCGGUUUCUUCUCGAACAUGGAAAAGUUGACAACAGCGACUGUAGACACAAACCUGAUGUGUUGCCAUUUGAAGAAGGAGGACGCAGAUUGUGACUUUGCUUAUGUCGACAGCUUCGCCAGUUGUGAAACUAUGUUCAGAAAUAGAGCUCCUCGGAUAUGUCUCUGGGUGGUUGGAAUUAUGUCGUUGCUUGGUGCUGUGUUUGUGAUCGUGUGGCGGCUGGUGUUUAAGGAGACGAAGAAGAAAAACAAAAUACAGUCUAUCAUGUUGAUACAUUUGGCCGGGUCUGAUGGACUGAUGGGUGUCUACCUUAUCAUAAUAGGUGUGAUGGAUGCCAUUUGGGCAGGGCAGUAUUUCUUGCAUGAUUAUAACUGGCGUUCAAGUUUGUCAUGUCAGAUAACAGGUGCCAUUGCCGUGUUGUCAAGUGAGGUGUCUGUAAUGACAAUUUGUUUGCUCUCCGCCGACCGGGUUAAGAAUAUUCUGUUUCCCUAUCGUGGAAAGUCCCUUACAAUCAAGGUUACGCACCUAUUGUGCCUUCUUAUCUGGAUCGUUGGUGGCAUAAUUGCAUUUAUUCCCACGGUGGGCAUCGUCUACUUUGGUAGUCGCCAAAAAGGUCACCACUUUUAUGGCAGAUCAGUUGUUUGUCUACCAUUGCAGCUUUCCGCUGAUAAGCCCUCAGGCUGGGAAUACUCUGUCGCCAUGUUUGUUGGGCUAAACUUUUCGCUUGUGUUCUUUGUCAUUGUGGCCUAUUCGAUGAUUAUCUAUCAGUCCUGCACAUCAAACAGGCGCCUGGCUCAGCAAGGAACCGAAAGAGAGAGGAAAAUGAAAGCCAAGAAAAGGGCAGCCAAUCUGAGGAGGGAGGCUUCGCUCGCCAAAAGAGUGUUUUUCAUCGUUCUUACCGACUGUGUCUGCUGGCUGCCUAUCGUGGUGAUUGGAAUGAGGUCUCUCCUAGAAAAAUCUUUCCGUACACCAGGUGACCUGGCAGUUUGGAUCGCAGUCUUUGUUCUGCCGGUUAACUCUGCCAUCAAUCCCAUUCUCUACACUUUAUCAACAAAACAGGUACGACGUGUUCUGAGUCCUAAAUUCCAGCAGUUGUUGGGCUAUUUGAUGCAAAAGUGUGGACGAAAUCAAAACAAUGAAAGCCAAGAUGAGGGCAUGGAAAUGAGAGUCAUCGAAGAAGUUCAAAUCCAUCGAGACGCAGAAAGUGAUGACAGCGAUGACACUGAUGACGAAUCAAAAGAUCAAAGUGCGCAUGUCCAGAACGCAGAGCAGACCGAUCACGAAGAGCCUGAAGAGAGAGAUGAGACUGAACAGGAUGAACAACCGGAGGAAGACCACCAAGACCCAUCAGAGCAGAAAGACGAACCUGAAAAACGAGAAAAAGAAUCUGAACAACAACAAGAACAAGAAGAAUCGGAAAACGAGUGUAAAGAAUCCAAAGGGCAAAAUGAAGAUAACAUUGAAGAUGAGUCUGACAAACAAGAAGAAGAACUAAAAGGGGGUUUGGAAGAAUCUGAAGAGCAAGAUGAAAAUAACAUGGACGAUGAAGCUGGAGAAGACGAACAGUUUAUUAUGAAUAAGGAUAAACACCAAGCAGAUGACAAUCUCCCAGCAGCCUCAGGGCGAGAGUCUCCAAGAGCACCGCUGGCCACGUUUGACGAUGACUGCGAUCUUGAUCACUUUUACGAAGCCCUGGAUGGUCUAAAAGAAACGAGUGUGUAAUCAACAACACUCUAUUCUCAGAUGAGUGUAUUCUUUGUGGAGCAAUUUUACUUCGAAAUCGAUAAAGUAGUUAUCAAGGCACCUGCAGUAGUUUUCGUAAAUGGUGUCAAAAUACAAGCUUGUUGUUUUAAGUGCCGGUGUCACGCUAAAUAUAAUACUGUAGUUAAAUAUUCGUUUGGAUAAAUGUAACGAAAAUGGGUCAUUUGAGAGGAUUACUUCCUAGGGAUACUAGUUGUCUCGCUUGAGUUUGGGCUAUAUAUGCAGCACUUCAUACAUGUACUAUUACAAAUCAAAAGCAUGUUGACUUCCUUCAGCCAUAGUCUAUUAACUAUGCUUCAGCAGUAAGAAAGCUUUGAACUGUUAAAACUAAACUAUUUUAAAAGCCCAUCUCUGUCCUUUGUAAUAACAUUUAAGAUUAUUCUUUAUUAAUGAGAGUGAGCUUUAAAAUAGACAAACAGUGUUUCCUGUCCCUUUUUGGAGUGAAUGCCGUAAAGUUACCAACUCAAAACGUCAUUCCAAAAGGCUGGCAGAUACAGUUACCCUUCGCAUUAAUCUCUAAGGGCUUUUUCUUGAUAAAUAGAUAACUUUUGAGUAGUCUUUUAUAUAAUUAUUUCAGAUGUAGAUUGAAUUUCAGUUCAGUUAGUGUCAGGUGCAGAAAAAGUGGCAACAUGUGGAGGUGUUUAUAUAUAGGGUCUGAUCAGAACAGCAGGCAAACUAUAGGCUGCUAGAGAAAAGAUUAUUUGUCACUCCCUAUAUUUACUUGUCAUUUGUUAAAACUGGUAAGAUUUUAAGUACAUGGCUGUGUUGUUUGGCAAUGUUAAGCCAUACAUGGUAUUUAUUCAAUCUAACACUGAUAUCAAUACCUUAGUUAUGAUUUGUUCAAUUCAAUCUAAACAUCUGAGACACUCAGUAGAUGACUGUGUUGCACGACAAUGUCAAGCCAUGAGUCAUAAUAAUUCAAUUUCAAUCAGUUACCACAUAUUGUUUUCUUACUUAUGAUUUGUUUAAUGCAAUCUUAACAUCUUAUGAUAUAUUCUGUAGAUGGCUGUUGUAUAGCAAUGAUAAGCCAUAAUUUGCAUUUAUUCAAUUUGAAGUUACCGGUACCUUCAUUAUCUUUUCCAUUGUAAGCAUUCAGUAGCAGGCUGUGUUGUAUAGCAACGCUAAACCAUGAAUCAUUUUUGUUCAACCUGAAGUUGUCUUACUCAUGAUUUUGUCAUUACAGUGGUUACAUCUGAUAUGUUUAGUAGAUGGCUAUGUUGUAUUACAAUGCUUAAAGCCAUGAAUCAUAAAUAUUCCAUCUGAAUUUACUAAUGAUAUCUUGCUCAUGAAUUGUUCUCAUCACAAUCAUGGUAACUUCAACCAUGUUUAAUAGAUGGUUGCGUAGUUUAACAAUUGUAGGCCUUGAGUCAUAUUUAUCCAAUUUCAAGUUGCUUUUGAUAUCUUACUCAUGAUUUGCUCAAAAAAAAAUGCUAUAUCUUAAGUAAUUAGUAGAUGGCCGCAUUGCUUAACAAUGUUAUGCCAUAAUUUGAUUUACCCCACUGCACGCAUGCACCAAGUGCUCAGGUCAGAUGAUGCAUGUGUAUCUGGCUCACUUAUUUAUUCAUUUGGAUUUUUUGCUCUUUCUACUCUUAAGUAAAUUAUGCAGAAGCUUGUACAACUUGAAAGAAAAAAGGUGUUGCUGAAUUAAUGCAGAAAGACAGGAAGAUGAACAUCAACUGAGUGAUAUGUAUCAGUCAAAUCUGUGUUGGCCAACUGUCAACUAGCCAGUGAAGUCACUGUAUAUUGUCAAGCAUAUCUGCCUAAAUAAAUAAAAUAAAAUAAAAAUUUGUGGUUUAUUGUAGAUAACUAUCCAUUAACCCAUUGACCCCUAAGAAUGACUAGCAUCAAAUUUCUCCUCACAAUCACCCCUGAAUCAAACAGUAAGGUCACUAGAAUAAAGGAAAUCAUCACCAAAUUAAGAAGCUCUGAAAUGUUAACAAAUUCUC